AUGGAAGCCAAGCCACUAGCUGCUAAUAGUGUUUAUGAGGACUUUGAUCCUCCAUCGGAAUGGGCAAGAGAGCAGGAAGAUGACACUCUAAUCCUCGAGCUACCAGGCUUUAAAAAGGAACAGCUAAGGGUUCAGGUAGCCUUAAAUCGUAGCCUGAAGAUCUCCAGCGAACGCUCGCUCGGGAACAACAAAUGGCGGCGUUUCCAAAAGGAAUUGCCCGUCCCGUCAAAUGUGGACCCCAAUUCAAUCACUGCAAAGUUUGAAGGCGGCAUGCUUUACAUCAAACACCCGAAAGUCAUCACUGCUCUGGCUGGACUAGCACGGCCGGAGCAGGCAAAAGCUCCAAGCCCCGAAUAG